AUGUCUAAACCGUUUACAAUUGAAAACAUUCAAGUUGCAUUGCAGUGUAUAUCUUCGAACGUCACGCAAUUUGAAAAGACUGAAGCUUUAGGUUAUUUGGAACAUUUCCAAAAGUCUACAGAAGCUUGGAAAACUUGUCAUGAAAUUCUAGGAAUGAAUAAUGGAGCCUUAGUCGAAUUAGGCGUUUUUGCUGCACAAACAUUAAGAAACAAGGUCACAUAUGAUUUGAAUCAAUUAGACGGCAAUUUAUCUCAAUUUAAAGAGUCUUUGAUUAAUUUCUUAAUUUUGCAUACUAACAAAUUAAUUGUUACCCAACUGAAUGUUGCGUUAGCUAGGUUAGCGAUUCAAUAUUUGCAAUGGAUCAAUCCCAUCACUGAAAUAAUUAAUUAUUUAAACCCAUACCCUGAUAAAUUAUUGGGAUUCUUGAAGAUCCUGCCAGAAGAAACAUUAGAUGUCAACUCAACCCCACUAUCUGAAGAUGAAUUUAAUUCCAGAACACAUGAAUUAGUUACAACAAUUGGUGGUGAUGUUUUGAAAUUUUUAGUCACAUGUGAGGAACUUUUAAAAUCUAAUACAGCUCAAAAUGUUAUCACGUUAGAGCAUAUUUUGCGUUGCUUAUCAUCAUGGUCGUUUGAAUUUCCUCUCGAUGAAUUGCUAUCUGUGCAGUCAUUAAUUUCAUUGGUUUUUGAAACACUACAAAAUAAGAAUGAAGAUGACCCUGACGCAUUUGAUGCUGCUGUUGAUUGUUUAUCUGUAAUAAUAAAGGAAAGUAGGGAUGCAUCGAAUGAGCAGUUAAUUUUGUCUUUGUAUGAACAAUUAUUAACUUUGCAAAUGAAACAUUUGCCAAAUAUACUUACCGCAGCUUCUUGUGAUGAAUAUGAUGAUGAUUUAAUGGAAUCAAUGACUCGUAUUUUCGUCGAAGCAGGUGAAGCCUGGAUUGUAUUUAUUUCCAAGUCUCCUCAAACGUAUCACCAAUUGGUUACAAUAUUGUUGAUGUUUACCUCAAAAAACUCGGAUUUAGAAAUUGCAGCUUAUACAUUUCCUUUCUGGUUUGAUCUAAAACAAAAUUUAGUCCUACCGAGAUACCAAGAUUCUAAAAUCCAAUAUACGCCUAUAUUCAUUGAGCUGAUUGGUUGUAUAAUCACACAUUUGCAAUAUCCUUUGGAAUCGUUUUCUUCUAAGGAAGAAGAAGAUAAAUUUAAAGACUUCAGAUAUCAUAUGGGAGAUGUAUUAAAAGAUUGCACGGCUGUCGUUGGUACUACAAAUGCUUUGACACAACCUUUAAACAGAAUAAAGGAUGCAAUAUCUACUCAAAAAUCAUGGCAACAUAUAGAAGCACCUCUUUUUUCAUUAAGAACUAUGGCAAGCGAGGUUUCAUUAUCUGAGAAGGUCCUUUUACCAGAAAUUUUUAAUAUUUUAGUUACUUUGCCGGAACAACCCCAAAUAAGGUAUGCAGCCACCUUAGUAUUGGGUAGAUACACCGAAUGGACUGCAAAGCAUCCUGAGCUUCUGGAACUACAAUUACAAUAUAUAUUUAAAGGAUUUGAAAUUGCAAAUGGGUCAUCAGAUACUUUAACUGCUUCUUCACAUUCUCUAAUGUAUUUUUGUUCCGAUUGUUCUACUUUACUGAGUACAUAUAUUGAUCAGUUAUUUGAAUUUUAUUUUAACGUACAAGACUCCAUUGAUAUCAUAUCUUGUUUUGAACUAAGCCAGGGUUUGAGUGCAGUUUUAAAUAAACAACCUAACGAAGUGAUUUCUUCAAAAUUUCAAAUAUUGAUAGACAAUAACUUAGGAAAGCUAAAUAAAUUAGUAUUAUCGUGGCAAAAUGACAGAUCAAAGUAUAGUAAUUUGGUUGCUGACCAAAUUGACUUAUUAUACGCAUUUUUUGAAGAAUUGAAACCAAGAUAUGAUUAUCCACAACAAGGCCAAGAACCUCUAUUACCACAAUUAGAAUAUAUAUGGAGUGCAUUGCACCAUUUAUUGGUUGAUUUAGGUGCGUUAGAUGAUACUUUAAUAGUCGAAAGAACAACAAAACUUCUGCGUAAACUAUUUGAAAAUUUUCAUAUAUUUUGUGGACCAUUUUUAAGUUCAGUUGUUGAAUUUUUGGCCAAUGGCUAUAGAGUUACUGGUUUGGGAUCUUAUUUGUGGUGCACAGGUGCCAUUGUUGUUGUUUACGGUGAUGAUGAAUCACUGCCAAUUAGUCCAGAAAUAAAAGAAGCAGUCUGGCAAUUUGCUGUUUCUCAAAAUAAUACAUUCAUACAAAAUUUUAAGUCAAUUGACAAAUCGACAUUGGAUAAUUAUUUUGAGUCAAUAAUGGAUUUCUUUUCUAUGAUAUCUGACUUGCUUAUGUUUUAUCCGGAACACUUUAUUAUGUCAGAAGAAUUGCUUGGCAAUGUUACUGAUGUAGCCCUUGAAAGUGUGACUAACUUAGGUAACUAUGAUGCUUAUACUUUUAUUCUAAGAUGUCUGGAUGAUUUGAUAUCAUGGGGAUUUAAAACACCACCAAUAUCUACGAUUGCAUUAGAAUACGUUCCAGAUGAGUGGAGAAAGAUGAUCAUCAAUGAACUGGUUAUCAAAAGGGGUUCGCAAAUUACGAUGUCUAUCUUUGUUGGUUUAGUAACGAACUUUAAUAAUAAUGUCCAUAGUGAUGCAAUUUCAUGUCUGGUGAAAUUAUUUAGAAUUGCUUUAGAAACUAACAAUAAUGAUCCAAUUAUUUGCAUAACUUGGCUUACGCAAGCUUUAGCUCAAUUUAACAAUAUUUCCGUUAAAGAGAAAGAUGACUUAACAAAUUCAGUAGUAAAAGGUUUGAAUGCAAGAGAUUACAGGAAAGCUAGGGAAGGUAUUCGUGGUUUUAUCAACUGGUAUUUGAGAAGAAAUGUUGAUACAAGAUACGAUUAA